AUGCGACCCCCGCACCUCCACCUCCCCGCGGCCUCUGGCGCCCCGGCCCUGGCGAAGCUGCUGCUGCCGCUGCUGAUGGCGCAAGUCUGGGCCGCGGAGGCCGUCCUGCCCGCCCUGAACAGCUCGGGCCCCGACCCCGUGGGCGCCGGCGCCCCGUGCCCGCGCGGCUCGCAGCCCUGGCAGGUCUCCCUCUUCAGCGGCCUCGCCUUCCACUGCGCCGGCGUGCUCGUCGACCAGAGCUGGGUGCUCACGGCCGCGCACUGCUCCAACAACAAGCCGCUGUGGGCGCGCGUGGGGGACGACCACCUGCUGCUCCUCCAGGGCGAGCAGCUCCGCCGCACCUCCCGCCCCAUCCUCCACCCCAAGUACCGCCAGGGCUCGGGGCCCCUUCUGCACAGGCGCACCGACGAGCAUGACCUCAUGCUGCUGAAGCUGGCCAGGCCCGUGGUGCUGGGCCCCCGGAUCCAGAUCCUGCGCCUCCCCUUCCGCUGUGCCCAGCCUGGAGACCACUGCCAGGUGGCGGGCUGGGGCACCACCGCCACCCGGAGAGUGAAGUAUAACAGGGGCCUGAGCUGCUCCAGUGUCACCAUCCUGAGCCCGAAAGCCUGUGAGGUCUUCUACCCUGGCGUGCUGUCCAGCAACAUGGUGUGCGCGGGGCUGGAGCAGGGCCAGGACCCUUGCCAGAGUGACUCCGGAGGCCCCCUGGUCUGUGACGAGACUCUGCAGGGCAUCCUCUCCUGGGGCAUUUACCCCUGCGGCUCAGCUCAGCACCCCGCUGUCUACACUCAGAUCUGCAAAUACUCCUCCUGGAUACAGAAGACCAUCCGCUCCCACUAACCUGCACACACCUGUCCCUCUCGUCUGGGGUCGGCUGGGCUCUCCCAGGCUCCAGUCGAAGCCUGCCGCCCAGUCAGCCGCGCCUGUAGCCUCUCUCCUCUCCCCUUACCACCUGCCCACUGCUGUCCUCUGCCCCCCCUGAACCCCCAGUGCAUUAGGUGGCGGUAGAGUUUUGUUUGAGAGAAGCGAGAAGCUGGGUCCAUCACCCCCCCACCCUUCCUCGGCUGCAUCUUGCUGUGUGACCUUGGGCAAGCCAAGCACCCUCUCUGGGCCUCAGUUUCAUCACCUAGAAAAUGGGGCCAUCGAAGUGCCUACCUCAUCGGUGUGUUGUGAGGAGAUGAUAUAACGUGCGCGUGUAGAUCGUUAAGAUAAUUGCCGUGUGAAGAAUGAACACAGUGGGUGGCGAGCUCUUAUUAAAUGUUACCUGUUAAAG